AUGGAGACUGUGGACACGUCGGAACGCCUGACCAGGUUAAGGCAGUUGAUGCAGGAGCGUAAAGUGGAUGUUUACAUUGUUCCCUCGGAAGAUAGUCAUCAGUCCGAAUACAUUGCUCCAUGUGACGGCCGUCGAGAAUUUAUCUCGGGCUUCUCCGGAUCGGCAGGAACUGCCAUCAUUUCCAUGACCAAGGCGGCACUAUCGACAGAUGGCCGUUACUUCAACCAGGCUUCGAAGCAGCUUGACAGCAAUUGGGCGCUUCUGAAGCGGGGCGUUGAGGGAUUCCCGACCUGGCAGGAAUGGACUACAGAACAAGCAGAGGGAGGAAAGGUCGUUGGAGUCGAUCCAGCUCUGGUUACACCUGCGGGCGCCCGUAGUCUUUCAGAGACUCUCAAGAAGAAUGGCUCAUCACUCGUGGGCGUCGAACAGAACCUGGUUGAUCUGGUCUGGGGUAAAGACCGACCGGCUCCUCCAAGGGAAGCGGUGAGAGUGCACCCUGCGCAGUAUGCGGGCAAGAGCUUCCAGGAGAAAAUCAGCGACCUGCGCAAGGAGUUGGAAAACAAGAAGGCGGCUGGCAUUGUUAUCUCGAUGCUCGAUGAGAUUGCGUGGCUGUUCAACCUGAGAGGCACCGAUAUCCCAUACAACCCAGUGUUCUUCUCAUACGCCCUCAUAACCCCUACUACCGUCGAUCUCUAUGUUGACGAGGACAAGUUAACGCCGGAAGUGAAAGCUCAUCUAGGCCAGGAUGUCGUCAUCAAGCCGUAUGACUCUAUCUUCGCAGAUGCUAAAGCCCUUAGCGAGGCGCGAAAGCAGGAUGCGACGGGAGCAGCCCCCAAGUUCCUACUGUCCAACAAGGCUUCAUGGGCUCUCAGCCUUAGCCUGGGAGGUGAAGAGCAGGUUGAGGAGGUCCGCAGCCCUAUUGCUGAUGCUAAAGCCAUCAAGAACGAUGUGGAACUUGCGGGAAUGCGCUCUUGCCAUGUUCGUGAUGGUGCGGCCUUGAUCGAGUACUUCGCUUGGCUCGAGAACGAGUUGAUCAACAAGAAAACAACCUUGGAUGAGGUUGAUGCGGCAGACAAGCUGGAACAGAUCAGGUCCAAGCAUGAUCUGUACGCUGGCUUGUCCUUCGAUACUAUCUCUUCCACAGGCCCGAAUGGAGCAGUCAUCCAUUAUAAGCCAGAGAAAGGAAGUUGUUCCAUUAUCGAUCCAACAGCCAUUUACCUCUGCGAUUCGGGUGCCCAGUAUCUGGAUGGCACCACUGAUGUAACUCGGACGUUCCAUUUCGGAAACCCCACCGAUUUGGAGAAGAAAGCUUUCACACUGGUGCUCAAAGGUCUCAUUUCCAUUGACACUGCUGUUUUCCCCAAGGGCACCAGUGGAUUUGCGCUUGAUGCUCUCGCUAGACAAUUUUUGUGGAAGGAAGGCCUCGACUACCUCCACGGUACAGGCCACGGAAUCGGCUCUUAUCUGAAUGUGCACGAGGGACCCAUGGGUAUUGGUACCCGUGUGCAGUAUACUGAGGUCCCUAUCGCUGCGGGCAAUGUUAUUUCUGACGAACCUGGAUUCUAUGAAGAUGGAAAGUUCGGCAUUCGCAUUGAGAAUGUUAUCAUGGCGCGCGAAGUGCAAACGACUCAUAAGUUCGGUGAGAAACCAUGGCUGGGCUUCGAGCACGUCACCACGGCUCCGCUGGGCCGUAACCUGAUCAACGCAACCCUUCUCAGUGAGGAUGAACUCAAAUGGGUGAAUGAAUAUCAUGCAGAGGUGUGGGAGAAGACUCACCGCUUCUUCGAAAACGACGACUACACACGCAGUUGGCUCCAGCGCGAGACUCAGCCUAUAUCCAAAUAG